AUGGGCAAAUCGUCCAAAGACAAGCGCGAUGCGUACUACCGCCUCGCCAAAGAACAAGGCUGGCGGGCCAGAAGCGCCUUCAAGCUCCUCCAGCUCGACGAAGGUCCGUCACGACUCCCCCCCCCUUCCAGCCCCGUCACACCACGGCUAACGUCCCCAGAAUUCAAUCUAUUCGCCAACGUCUCCCGCGUAGUCGACCUCUGCGCCGCGCCCGGCUCCUGGUCGCAAGUGCUGUCGCGGGUGCUCAUCGAGAACGAGCAGUUCGGGCUGAGGUCGUGGCAGGACGGCGAAGCGCACCUCCGGCGCUCCAUGCUCUCCGUCUUGCCGGCGUCCACGACGCCCGGCGGCAAGGAGGCCGUCGAGGCCGCCAUUGCCGCACAGCACGCGGCGUCGCGGCCCAGGGACGACGUCAAGAUCGUGGCGAUUGACCUGCAGCCCAUUUCUCCGCUGGCGGGCAUCACGACGCUGCAGGCCGACAUCACGCACCCCGCGACGGUGCCGCUGCUCCUCGGGGCGCUGGACCCGGGCUACGACGCGCAGCGUGCGGCGGCCGAGGGCAAGGCCUCGCACCCCGUGGACCUGGUGCUGAGCGACGGCGCGCCCGACGUGACCGGCCUGCAUGACUUGGACAUCUACGUGCAGAGCCAGCUGCUUUUCGCGGCGUUGAACCUGGCGCUGUGCGUGCUGAAGCCGGGCGGCAAGUUUGUGGCCAAGAUUUUCAGGGGGAGGAACGUCGAUGUGCUGUAUGCGCAGCUCAAGAUCUUUUUCGAAAGGGUGGUCGUGGCGAAGCCCAGAAGUUCGAGGGCGAGCAGCAUGGAGGCCUUCAUCGUGUGCUUGAACUUCAGGCCGCCCAUGGGCUUCCAUGCAAGUUUAGAAGAGCCUCUGGGUGUGGGACAAAGGUUGGACAAGAUGGUCAAGGAGAGGGAGCUGCAGUUGCCUGUUGUAGCUCACGCGGCCAUGCAGAAUCCGCAGACUGGCGCAUGGGAUUGCACCCCAGCAUCGGUCAUGGGUGUAAAUGCCCUCGAUUCUUCCGGUAUCACGGAGCUUGAAGUCUACGACGAGACGAAAAAUAUCGACGGCAGUGGCAAUGGCAGCAACAACCAAGGCAGCGACAGAAGUACGCGAUGGAUUGCGCCGUUUGUUGCUUGUGGAGAUCUAUCAGCCUUCGACUCUGAUGCAUCCUAUCUGCUCCCUGAGGACCAUGUCUCUCUGGAUCCUGUGCAGCCUCCCAUUGCGCCGCCAUACAAACGAGCCGUUGAAUUGAGAGCUGCACAGUCCAAGGCCGUACGCUAA